AUGAGACCCAGAGGCAGCACCACCCCCUCCUGUACCAGGGCCAUCCCACUUCCUGUCCUGCAGGUGUUGCUGCCGAUGUCACUGCUGUUGACCACGCUGGUUCCCUCCACCACUGGAGAACCUAAAAGUAUGGAUAGAAUGCUGUACGUUGAACUUCGCUGCUCAUGUGUGAAGACCACCUCUGGCAUUCAUCCCAGUAACAUCCAGAGUUUGGAAGUGACCAGGGCAGGACCCCACUGCUCCAACGUCGAAGUAAUAGCAAUGUUGAAGAAUGGGAAGAAAAUCUGCCUGGACCCAGAAGCUCCCAGAAUCAAGAAAAUAGUCCAGAAAAUAUUGGAAGAUGGUGGGUCAGCUGCUUAAUCUUUUCGCUUUCCUUCAAACCAUUUUAUCUCCCAAGAAGGAUAAAAGUUUGAG